ACGGCACUGGCUAGUGGUACUGUUUGACCAAAAUGUAGUUAGAAAUUAGGACUUUGCUAGCAACUUGGAAGGAAAGAUCUUCUGAACCCUAUUGUUGCAGACACAGCUCUCUAGUCGUUUUCAAAUGCCAAAUUGUAUGAGGAAACCAAUUAGCGAAUAAGAAUAAUUUAUAUGCAAACCAAAGGAAGGAGAAGAUGUUAAUGAUAAGGAAAAUGGAGCACAUCAAAGACAAAGAGAAGAAGUCUUUUCUAUUUUUUCUUUUAUUGGUUUUUUUCUUGGCUAGGGUUUGUUCUUCAUCGCCAUCCCCACCCAACCCGAGUGGGAAGAAGCAUUUUGUGUUGAUUCAUGGAGCUGGUCACGGAGCAUGGUCUUGGUAUAAGGUGGCAACUUUGUUGAAACAUUCAGGCCAUAAUGUCACAGCCCUAGACUUGGGAGCAUCUGGGAUCAACCCAAUUCAGGUGGAACAACUUCAUUCGAUGUCGCAAUAUGUUGAACCGUUGACGAAGCUCAUGGUGUCUUUGCCACCAAAGGAGAGGGUCAUUCUUGUGGCUCACAGCAUCACUGGGGCUGUUAUAUCUAUUUUCAUGGAGAGGUUCCCUGAUAAAAUUGUUGCUGGGGUAUAUGCCACGGCUUUCAUGUCUGGUCUUAGUUUGAGUUAUUCAACUAUAUUUGCAGAGAUUAACAAAAGAUUGGACUAUAUGGACACUCAAUAUAGAUAUGACAAUGGACCCAAAAAUCCUGCAACCUCCUUUCGCUUUGGGCCCAAGGUUAUGGCGUCAAACUUUUAUCAGCUAUCGCCACCAGAGGAUUUAACACUAGGUUACUCGUUGGUAAGAUUUUCUCCCGUCUUUGAUUUUGAUCAAAUAAAUCUCACCAAGGAGAAAUAUGGAUCGGUUCCUAGAGUAUACAUUGUGGCCGAGCAAGACCAUGCAAUAGUGUUGGAUGUGCAAAAUUUUAUGAUCAAGACCAAUCCGCCAGAUGAAGUCAAAGUGAUUAAUGGUUCUGAUCACAUGGUCAUGCUCUCUAGACCAGUGGAGCUCUUCUCCGUCCUCCAAGACAUUGCUGAGAAAUAUUCUUGAAAAUGAUUCAGGGCAUACUAGCUAGUAGUCUGUCUCUGUGUGAAUAGACUAUAAUGAAGAAAUUUCAAGAAAGUAAUACAACCUAAUUGGUGUAAGUUGGUACAACUCGUGUUAAUUUAAAAACGGAAGAAAAUUAAAGAAGUUGCUAUUGAGAUGGAGACCACCAUUGAAAAAAAAACAUUUGCCAUCACCUUUUUCUAGCAUCAAUUUUCAUGCCCGGCAGCUUUAUGUCAAAUU